GUCAUUAGCUUUCCAGUACUUCAGCUACACACGAGCAGAGCAGCAAUGGAAGCCAGUCAGAAGGACUUUGAGACUGCAAUGCAUCAGGUGAAACUCUUGAAGAAAGACCCAGGAAAUGAAGUGAAACUAAAACUCUAUGCACUGUAUAAGCAGGCCUCAGAAGGACCUUGUAAUGCGCCAAAACCAGGUAUAUUUGAUUUGAUCAAUAAGGCCAAAUGGGACGCAUGGAAUGCUCUUGGGAGCCUGCCCAAGGAAACUGCCAGGCAGAACUAUGUGGAUUUGGUGGCCAGUUUGAGUUCCUCCGAAUCCUCUAGCCAACGGAAGCCUGGUGCAGACAGCAAACAGUCUGGGUAUGAAACUCUUGUGGUAACCUCCGAAGACAGCAUCACAAAGAUUAUGUUCAACCGUCCCAACAAAAAAAAUGCAAUCACCACUCAGAUGUAUCAUGAAAUCAUGCAUGCACUGGACGCUGCAGGCAAAGAUGACUCAGCCUUCGCUGUGUUUACAGGAAAUGGUGACUAUUACUGUAGUGGAAAUGAUUUGAACAACUUCACUAAUGUUCUCCCAGAUGAAGUGGAGGAGAAAGCCAAACAUUUUGCCAUUUUACUGAGGAAUUUUGUAGACUGUUUUAUCAAUUUCCCUAAGCCUUUGAUUGCAGUGGUCAAUGGCCCAGCGGUGGGGAUCUCCGUCACCCUUCUUGGGCUUUUCGAUAUCGUGUAUGCUUCUGACAGGGCAACAUUUCAUACUCCUUUUAGUCACCUGGGUCAGAGUCCAGAAGGGUGCUCCUCGUACAUGUUCCCGAAGAUAAUGGGCUCAGCCAAGGCAGCUGAAAUGCUCAUCUUUGGAAAGAAGUUAACAGCCAGAGAAGCCUAUACUCAAGGACUUGUUAGUGAAGUUUUUCCUGACAGCACUUUUCAGGAAGAAGUUUGGACCAGGCUGAAAACAUAUUCACAGCUCCCUCCAAAUGCUAUGAAAAUUUCAAAGCAGCUUAUCAGAAAUGUGGAAAAAGAAAAGCUACACGCUAUUAAUUCUAAAGAAAGCAGUAUCCUCCAGGACAGAUGGCAGUCAGACGAAUGUAUAAAUGCGAUCAUGAACUUCUUUUCUAAGAAAGCAAAACUAUGA